AUGUUCGCUCCUCAUAAGAGCCAGGAGAUUAGUCACAUCUACGAACGAAACAAUGAAGCGACACUCUAUAUAGCCAACUUAGACGCCCAAGUGGACGAAGAAAUUCUGUGCGAGCUUUUUAUGCAAUGCGGUAACGUCAAGAAUGUGCACAUUCCGCGGGACAAGAUCAAUGGGUUACACGCAGGCUAUGGCUUCGUCGAGUACGAAUACGAGUACGAGUGUGAGUACGCAGGAAAGGUGUUGAACAUGACGAAGCUGUUCGGAAAGCCCCUCCGGUGCAACAAGGCUUCGCAAGACAAAAGGUCCUUUGACGUGGGAGCCAACCUAUUCAUUGGAAACCUAGACGAAGAGGUGGACGAGAAAAUGCUGUUUGAUAUUUUCUCCUCAUUUGGGCAAGUGGUAAAUGUUAGAAUCAUUAAAAACGAAGAUGAUACGUCCAAGGGACACGGCUUCAUCUCCUUUGACAACUUCGAGUCCAGUGACAUGGCCAUUGAAAAUAUGAACAACCAAUUCAUAUGUAAUAAAAAGGUGCAUAUAUCGUAUGCUUUUAAAAAAGACUCCAAGGGGGAGAGACAUGGAACGGCGGCUGAAAGAUUCAUUGCGGCUAAUAAGGCUCUAAGUUUGUACUCAGGAAAUGAAAACUCUAAUCAUGUAAUGCCCUUUAAUUCAUCUAAUGCAGAUAAUAUAACAAAUACCAAGCGUGGAAAAAAUAAUGCCUCGCUAAAUGGGGACAACAAUCCAUUUGUACGACCACCCUUAACUUCCUCAAAUGCUAUCAACCCCCCCUCAAGCGAUUCCCUACCGCCGAUUAUGAAUUCGUAUUUUCCGGGCAACGUACCUCCCCCUAUGGCGUCUAGUUUUACACACCAACCCAUGAACAUGCAUAGCGGCAUGCGCCCCAAUGGCCCCUUCAUGAUGCCCCAGAAGAUGGGCAACCGGAUGAUGGGAAAUAUGCCCCCAAACGUGCCCAUGAAUAUGCCUCCAAAUAUGCCUCCAAAUAUGCCUCCAAAUAUGCCCCCAAAUAUGCCCCCAAAUAUGCCUCCAAAUAUGCCCCCACAUAUGCCCCCACAUAUGCCUCUCAAUAUGCCGCCCAACAUACCCAUGAAUAUGCCUCUGAAUAUGCCACCCAAUAUGAACGCCCCUCCCAACAUGCCGAUGAACAUGCCGCUGGGCAUGCCCCCCAGUUUUCCACCCAACUUUCCCCCAAAUUUCCCUCCAUCCUUUUCUCCAAAUUUCCCACACAACAUGCCAACCAACUUCCCACCCAAUUUUCCCCCCAAUUUUCCGCCCAUCCCCCCGGCCGGCAUACAACUGAGCGGAUCCUUGAACGCAUCGUCAACUGCGGAACCGAGUCAGAGUGGCCCAAGUGACCAAAAUGAAGUCGCGGGCAGUUAG